CAUUAUCAAUAUCAUUCACCAUGACAUCUGCGCCCACCUUCAACCCGCCGCCGCCACAGGUGGAUGAGCAUGUUCUGAUCUCUUUCCCUGCGGACAACAUCCUUUUGGUAACCCUCAACCGUCCCACAUCCAUGAACUGCAUCUCGACGCAGGGCCACGUACAGCUCGCCAGCAUCUGGGAGUGGUACGACAACACCUCUUCGCUGCGGUGCGCGAUCAUCACCGGGGCGCGGCUGCCCCAGAAGCGCGCGGCGUUCUGCGCCGGCGCCGAUCUCAAAGAAUGGGACUCGACGGCGGGGCGCGCGCGCCCGCAAGCAGGCGGCGGCUUCGCGGGGCUGUCGACCCGCCUCGGGAAGAAGCCGGUGAUCUCGGCUGUCCACGGGAUCUGCUUCGGUGGAGGCCUGGAGGCCGCCGGGAAUACGGACCUGGUGCUGGCGCACAAAGAGAGUCUGUUCGCCCUGCCAGAGACUAGCAGGGGCGUCGUCGCUAUUGCGGGCCUGCUGCCGAGACUGGCGUUGAUUGUGGGGAUGCAGCGGGCGAGUGAGCUUGCGCUCACGGGCCGGGUGCUGAGUGCACAGGAGGCACAGAGUUGGGGGUUGGUUAAUGAAGUUGUUGAGGGAGACGUGGUGGAGAGGGCCGUCGAGGUGGCAAGGAAGAUUGCUGGUAUGAGUCCCGACUCGGUGAUUGUUAGUAGGGCGGCCCUGAGAGGGGCGUGGGAUGGGGUGGGAGUUGAUGUCGCGGCGACGAGGGUGGAGAAGGGGAUUUGGAAGCAGCUGCAGGCGGGUCCGAAUAUCCAAGAGGGCCUGAGGGCGUUUGUGGAGAAGAGGGAAGUCAAAUGGGUUGAUAGUAAGCUGUAGAUUGGAUUGUAUGUGUGUGAGUAAGUGAGUACCUACCUCAUAUACGAGUGUUUGCACUAGCUGGUGAGGAACGAAUACGAGAAAUGAUGCCAAGUUUGUUUGUGAUGAUAAUGUGAUGCCACUUUGUUCAAUUCUCCGCAACCACCACAUCAAGUAUGCAUGCAUAAUACUGCUCCUAAAGGCAGUCAAGGACAAGAAAGGAAAAUCUCGUAAUCCACAGCGUCACUCCCCCCCCCUCUCUCACAGUGACACAUCCGUCACUUAUCUCUAUUAGUUGAGAAUUGCCUGGAA